CAUACCUCAAAAACCACAGCAUACUACCCGGCGCGGCGGUGGAGGCUCCGAGGUCAACGGCGGUAAUGACGCCACCAGAGUUAGAUUGAAGCUCCAAACAAAAAUAUCCUGCAAAUCAAGGCCACCAAAUGAGAGCCAAUUGGCUUCAACUCUGUCGCAUGAAUAACUCUUCAAGGACCCUGCGUUUGGAUAUCAUUAGCGACAGAUAGCAAUUCGCUUGCGUUUCUCCUGCGACCAAAAGGAUUACCAUAUUAACCAUCCGAUCGACCGACAACCGACGAAUAGAAGGAACAAUAAUGAUGCGAAUGAUUGGAAUAAUAAUGAUGAAUUAGAAAGGCAUUCGCGGGAUCGCAUAAAUGAAUUCCUCUCGAGCGCAACACACACACUGUCGCAAAGUUACAAAAGGAACUACGUCAAAGGCUCCGCAUUCGCAUUUAUAAUUGAAUAAAUGAAUAAAAGGAGUGGUAACUGAACUUCUUGGCAUUGAGAUAGUCCUGCAAGUCAAGAAAGUCGUAUUAAUAUCCCGCCCGCAUACACAGACACACUAACGCUAACACCCACUCAUAUCGCUACGCCAUAACUGAACCGUACGUCGCUUGUCUUAUAUCAAUCUAUCUUGUCAUCUUUCAGCGCAUCUUUGCGGCGCGCGUGGUGGGGGAGGACUUCGAACAGAACAAAAUUGUAGAUUCUAGGACACACCUACGAGAGCUACAAGCUACGUGCUACGACCCCAUCCCAUCAUCAAUUAUAUAGAAAGAUACAUUCCAUCAGCAUUAAAAUAGGCAAAUCAAUCAAAUUGGAUUCAAAUCGAGUUAACGCGGUGGAGCCGUACUACUUUGGUGGUUGUCGUGGUUUUCGUAUUCGAGAGGGUUGGGGUAUUUCUAUUGCUUGUUGUUAUUGUUGCUGGUGCUGUUGCUGUUGUUGGAACAGAAAUAGUCUCAUCAUCAUUGAGAUACAUCAAUCCUUCGAAGCUUGCCAGAGGACUUUUAAUAGUUCAGAGGGAAAUGAGAUGAAGUGGUUUCAAGUGGCGAUAGAUAUGAUUCUUGUGCUAUCAUUCAUAUCAAGCAGCACAGCAAAUCCAGAUGCUAAGCGCCUCUACGACGAUCUCCUUAGUAAUUAUAAUAAAUUGGUUCGUCCCGUUGUCAAUGUGACAGAUGCACUGACAGUUCGCAUCAAACUGAAGCUCUCACAAUUGAUUGAUGUCAAUUUAAAGAAUCAAAUAAUGACAACAAACUUGUGGGUGGAACAAUCUUGGUAUGAUUACAAGCUUAAGUGGGAACCCAAAGAGUAUGGCGGUGUUGAGAUGCUACAUGUGCCUUCGGAUCACAUAUGGAGACCGGAUAUUGUCCUGUAUAACAAUGCCGAUGGAAACUUUGAGGUGACAUUAGCUACCAAGGCAACACUAAAUUACACAGGACGAGUAGAAUGGCGUCCGCCAGCGAUUUACAAGAGUUCGUGCGAGAUCGAUGUAGAGUACUUCCCGUUCGAUGAACAGACGUGUGUAAUGAAGUUUGGCAGUUGGACGUACGAUGGAUUUCAGGUGGACCUGAGGCAUAUCGAUGAACUUAAUGGUACAAAUAUAGUUGAAGUUGGUGUUGAUUUAUCAGAAUUUUACACAUCAGUCGAAUGGGAUAUUCUGGAAGUUCCUGCUGUAAGAAAUGAAAAAUUCUACACAUGCUGCGAUGAACCAUAUUUAGAUAUAACAUUUAAUAUUACAAUGAGACGUAAGACAUUAUUUUACACUGUCAACUUAAUUAUUCCCUGUAUGGGAAUUAGUUUUUUAACAAUUUUAGUUUUUUACCUACCAUCGGAUAGUGGAGAGAAGGUAUCAUUAAGCAUAUCUAUUCUGCUCUCGCUGACUGUGUUCUUCUUGCUACUGGCAGAAAUUAUACCCCCAACAUCAUUAGUUGUUCCGUUAUUAGGAAAAUUCGUACUAUUUACAAUGAUUCUCGAUACAUUCAGUAUAUGCGUUACAGUAGUCGUAUUGAAUGUGCAUUUUCGCUCGCCUCAAACUCAUACAAUGGCCCCAUGGGUACGGACUGUGUUCAUUAAUCAGUUGCCACGAAUAUUGGUGAUGCGGCGACCACUCUAUCCAAUCAAUGAUCUGAUACAAACAUCUAGACGUCUAAUGGUCCGGACAUGCAAUGGACUGGAAUUGAGGGAUCAAAUACCACCGCUGCCGCCACCAGUUGCCUUGUCAAAACUCCACCAUAGUCCAAAGACAACGUCGAGGAGUACAUCGCCCCAUCUUCAGCACAGAGUACAAAGUUUCAAUCUGAUGGACGAAAUGACAUCGCUGCCAUAUCCAUCGACAAUAUCCACUGUCAACCAGCAAACUUCGACAACUUCGUCUCUAAUUGACGGCCACCACCACAGCCAAUAUCAGCAGACGGGCGGCAGUUUGCUUGACCAUCCAUUGACUCCCUCAAGAUUUCGUCAGAUGACAUCGACCUCCUGUCAAACAAACGGCAUGGGCAGUUACAAUCCACAUCAAUCAGCAUCCACAUCGACGCUGCACCAUCAUCAGCAACAGCAGCAGCAGCAACACCAUAACUUGUAUCGCCAACAAUCUACGUCAUCGGCGACUUUCUCGCCAGCACCGUUGCAUUCCCACCAGCAGCAUCAGUCAACGACAACGUGCGACCUGCUGGGCAAUUCAAAUGUGAUAAAGUCUACAACGACGGUUAAUUCCGUGGCGACAGCAUCGACACUAGCCGAGUCCUGUUGCAGCAUACAGGCUCAAUAUCAACCCACACCACAUCAUCAACAGCAACAGCAACAGAAUGCGUCACUAGCGGGGACAGCGGGUGCAAGUAGCAGUAGCAGUUGUCAUCAACAGCAGCAACAACAAAGACAGGCACCCUGUUGUUCCUCAGGGAGAUCUUGUACCACUGUGCGUCAUCGAUGGCACACUUGUCCUGAAUUACACAAAGCUAUGGACGGAGUAACGUACAUUGCGGAUCAAACGCGGAAGGAAGAAGAGAGCACUAGGGUGAAAGAAGAUUGGAAAUAUGUUGCGAUGGUCUUGGAUCGAUUAUUCUUAUGGAUAUUUACCAUAGCUGUUGUUGUUGGAACAGCUGGAAUCAUCCUACAAGCACCAACCUUGUACGACACCCGUGUACCAAUCGAUAUUAAACUGUCCGAAAUUGCAUCGACAACAGCUAAACCAAACAUUGCCAGACCUGUGUUAUAAGUUUACUCAAGUUAUAAACAAAACAAAAACAAAAACUUAAACUACUUGUAAUAAAAUAGAAAAGCAAAAACAAAAACAACAACAAAAAAAGGUAAACAUAUAGUUUUAAACAAGAAUUAUUAUAUAGACAUAUAUAGAUAUUUAUAAAUAUGUAUGAAUAAUAUUAUAAUUUCUAGUGUAUUAUGUAUGAAAAUUUAAAAGAAAACAAAAACAUGGGAAAAACAUUUACUAUACAUUUAUAUUUAUAUACUUAAAAAAAAACAGAGAAAUUGACAACAAAUGA